AAUUAAUUAGAAUUUUUCUUAAAAUAAACUCUCUCUCUCGCUCUCAAAUUUCCUCUGUAAUCUGUCUCUCUCAACUCUCGAAGUCGGAGAUCCACAAGGACCUCAAAGGCUUCACGCUGAUAGCUAGAGCAUCCCGACGGUCCUGUUUCGGGCUUUCGGCUCUGCUAGCUGACGCUGCUGACCCCUAAUUUGACCUGCCGCAUUCGAAAAUCCGGAUACCCACGAAACGUUUAUAUGGCAUUGCAAGAACAAUUAGAUAAAUUCAAGAAGCAGCAAGAGAAAUGCCAGUCAACCCUCACAAGCAUUGCAGCAUCUAAUAAGGCCACAAUAAAAAAAUCCACGUUUGUACCUGCAGCACCGUCAGCUAAUGCAAGAACCCCUGCUCCUGCUGUCAAAUUUUCUAAUGACACAGAGAGACUUCAACAUAUCAACAGCAUUCGGAAAGCCCCUGUUGGAGCUCAGAUUAAGCGUGUUAUAGAUCUACUGCUAGAGACUAGGCAAGCCUUCACACCUGAGCAAAUAAAUGAAACCUGCUAUGUUGACACGAAUGCCAACAAAGCUGUCUUUGACAGUUUGAGGAAUAACCCGAAAGUGAACUAUGAUGGGAAGCGUUUCUCUUACAAGUCCAAGCACGAUCUGAAGGACAAGACUCAACUUCUUCACUUAAUAAGGAAAUUCCUGGAGGGCAUAGCAGUCAUUGAUCUUAAAGAUGCAUAUCCAAUGGUGAUGGAAGACUUGCAGGCUUUGAAAGCUGCGGGUCAGAUUUGGCUGCUAUCAAACUUCGAUUCACAGGAAGACAUUGCUUACCCAAAUGAUCCCAGGGUGCCCCUUAAGGUGGAUGAUGACCUCAAACAGCUGUUUCGGGGAAUUGAACUGCCUCGUGAUAUGAUAGAUAUCGAGAGGGAUCUACAGAAGAACGGGAUGAAACCUGCCACCAACACUGCUCAAAGGAGGGCCCGGUCAGAGGUUCAUGGCAUUUCCUCAAAGCAGAAGCCAAAGAAGAAGAAGCACGAGAUCACUAAGAGGACAAAGCUGACCAAUGCCCAUCUACCAGAGCUUUUCCGGAACCUAGAGAAUAGUAAUUCCUGAAGUUCGGACAAGCGGUUGGUGAACCUUGAAAGGAAGAUCAACAGCAGGCUGCGAUAUAUAUAGCAAAUGCUCCUAUGCCCACUCGCAUGGGGUUAUGUUUGUAGAUAUCAAGUGUUCUAGUACUGAUAAAUCCAAAUUGAUUCUCUUUCCAGAUUUGCAUACAACUGUCCAUUGCUGUUGUACUCGAGCUCUUGUUCCAUCACUUUGAUAGCUAAUGUAAAAGCCAAUCUGGUCCAAACUUAUAAUUUGAGAUUUCCCCCAAGUAAUCGUAAUUUUAUUCGUUUGCCUGGAA